AUGAGACUGGGUGAAGGAAGUUUGCUCUGUGGUACUGAACGAAACUUUUCCCCGGAGCUACAGUGGAAGAUCAGAACAGUCCUGGAGAAUUGUGUUGCUGGGAGAGUGAUCCAGUCGUGCAGGGAACCAUUGUUUUCCUCAGUACGCCUGUGAGAUUGGUAGAGGACCGCAAAGGAUUUUUUUCUCCCGUUUUCUAACCCCCUACUCUAUCCGAGAUGGGGAAGGAGCAGGAACUCCUAGAGGCGGCGCGCACUGGAAAUCUUGCCGCUGUGGAAAAGCUUCUUUCUGGGAAACGACAAUCGACUGGAAGUGGCGGUGGAUCAUCGGGGACUAGUGGAAGCAGCAAUAUCAGUGGUCACAAUGCGUCUCACCCGCUUUCCAGCCUUCUCAGUAUCUGGAGGGGUCCUAAUGUAAACUGUGUGGACAGCACUGGAUACACUCCUCUACACCAUGCUGCCCUAAAUGGACACAGUGAGGUAGUGGAGGCGCUGCUACGUAACGAGGCCUUGACCAACAUCGCUGACAAUAAGGGCUGCUACCCCCUGCACCUGGCCGCAUGGAAGGGGGACCAAAGGAUCGUCAGGCUCCUCAUUCACCAAGGCCCCUCACACCCCAAACUCAACGAGCAGAGCUCCUCUGUAGAGCACAAAGAGUUGAAACGCUGUGGGCCCUUUGACCUACAUAUUAAUGCCAAGAACAACGACAAUGAGACCCCCCUCCACUGUGCCGCCCAGUACGGCCACACCCAGGUGGUGCGUCUGCUGCUGGAGGAGCUGACCGACCCCACCAUGAGGAACAACAAGUUUGAGACGCCACUGGACCUGGCCGCACUCUACGGCCGUCUGGAGGUGGUCAAGCUGCUGCUUACCGCCCACCCCAACCUGCUCUGCUGCAACACCAAGAAACACACGCCGCUGCACCUGGCCUCACGCAACGGACACCUGGCCGUGGUGGAGGUGCUGCUGGGAGCCGGCAUGGACAUCAACUACGAGACGGAGAAGGGCAGCGCCCUCCAUGAAGCAGCUCUCUUUGGGAAGACUGACGUGGUGCAGAAACUUCUGAGUGCAGGGGUUAAUGUGAACAUGGUGGACAGCAAGGGCCUGACAGCGCUGGACACUGUCAGAGAAAUGCCCUCUCAGAAGAGCCGACAGAUAGCCGCUCUAAUCCUGGGCCAUAUGUCAGGAAAUCCCCCUGUUUUACACUUGCCUCCUCCCCCUGUCCCUCCACCUAAUGAGAGCCCUAGCCUUCGGAAAAAAGGUGAGCUGGGGGUGGUGAGUGAGCUGAUCUCGGGGCUGGCCCCGGGGCCUGAGGAGGAGAGCCCGUAUGAGGCGCUGUUCGAGGCCACUUCCUGUCACUCUCUGGACAGCCUGGCCAGUGGCAAGUCCUCCGACAGGGACUCUGGACGACCUGACAGUGAAGCCGGAAAGAAAGACCGGCUUGCUCACCAAUCCCAACAUGCCCCAGACCAGGAAGAGGAGCUUAACUCGGAGGCCCUGUACACUAACAGCAGCAUCGAUGAGAGAGGGGAGGAGAUGGAGGAUCACAAGUAUGAACUGCUGCUCUCCACCCAGACCGAAGUCCCCCAGUCCGCACAGGACCCCCCAUCACAGAAAUGUACAGAUGAGAACGCUACCUCCCAACAGUCUUCCAACAGUCUUCUACCUCAGCAGCGGAAGCCCACUGCCCCUAGUGACCUCCGACCUUCAGGCCCGACGGGCGACACCCUGAAGCCCCCCGGACCUCCUGUGGUUGGGCCGGGACGGACGGGCCUCCGCCUCACUGGUGAUAACUCUUUGCUCGGCCAGGACCUGGUCGCAGUACCUGAAGUGUUCACAGGCCUCCUGCACGGAUCCUCGCCCGUCUUUGACUGUCGGGAGGAGUCCCUCAGCAGCCUGCCAGGUGGAGUACUGACACAGUCCAGCCAAGGCCAACAGCCGGCGCCGGCGCCAGCUCCAACUGCACCCGCCAAAGCAACAGAAGCUCCGCCUCCUCCAAACAAUCCAAUCAACAUGUCUGCCAUCCUGACAGACUGUGACCCCAAAGCUAUCUAUGCCACCGUGUCCAAGGGGGAGCCCAGAGACAGGGACGUUGGGUCUGGGACUGUGCCUUCUGGCAGGAUGCGCCCCCCUGGCGAUUUGAAGCUGGCUCGCAGCUUUUCCAAGUCGGACUCAGACCUGCUGGUGUCGCCGCCUAGCGAGGAGGAGGGAGGGCUGGGCAGCCGCAGUGAGUCCGUCUCGGACUGCAGCGCAGCCAAAAAGAGGCUGGAGAAGUCGCCCUCGUUCGCCUCUGAAUGGGACGAGCAGAUGCCUCCCACAUUACCUCGUCUGAGAUCUCAGUCCUUUGAAAGUAUUGAGAAGAUCAUGACAUUGAUUGGAGCAGGCAUUGAUUUCUCUAGAGACCAGCAGUACUCUACCCCAGGUGGGGCGGCCGGGCGGCUGCUGGACCAGCCCGUGGGAGACUGGCUGGAGCACGUGGGGCUGCCGCAGUACGAGAGCAAGCUACUGCUCAACGGCUUCGAUGACCUGCACUACAUGGGCAGUAAUGUGAUGGAGGAUCAGGACCUCAGGGAGAUAGGCAUCACAGACCCAGGACAUCGGAGGAAGAUCCUGCAUGCAGCUCGAUCCCUACCUAAGGUGAAGGCCCUGGGCUGCGACGGCAGCAACUCUCUGUCCUCCUGGCUGGACCUCCUGGGCCUGCAGGAGUACCAACACAGCUUCCUGUCCAGCGGAUACCGUAGCCUCGACUGUGUCAAGAACUUGUGGGAACUGGAGAUUGUCAACGUGCUGAAGAUCUCCCUGCUGGGACACAGGAAACGGAUCAUCGCCUCGCUGGCAGAGCAGCCUUAUGAGGAACCUCCUGUCAAGCCCCCCCGCCUGUCCCAGAUCAGGUGUCAGGACCUGGUAUCCCAGACCUCCUCUCCCAUCAGUCACAUGGACUCCUAUACGGGCCACUCCAUGGACCCCAUCCUGCCCCUGGGGGAGCCUGGGGGGAGGAAGGGGCCUGACCCCGAAUACGAUGUGUCCCCCCACCGUUCCCGCAGUGAACGACACCGAUCACAUGAGAGGUAUGAGGAGCGGCAUCGUGAGCCUCGUCUGACCCUGCGACCCCCCAGCCUGGCAGCACCCUACACACCUGUACAGAACUGGCACCACCAGCCUGAGAAGCUCAUAUUUGAAUCCUGUGGAUAUGAAGCCAAUUACCUGGGAUCUAUGCUCAUCAAGGAGCUACGGGGGACCGAUUCCACCCAGGAUGCCUGUGCCAAAAUGAGGAGGUCAACAGAGCAGAUGAAGAAGGUCCCCACCAUCGUCCUCUCCAUCACCUAUAAAGGGGUGAAGUUCAUUGACGCGGCCAAUAAGAACAUCAUUGCAGAACAUGAAAUCCGGAACAUCUCGUGCGCGGCCCAGGACCCAGAGGAUCUGUGCACGUUUGCCUACAUCACCAAGGACCUGCAGACCAACCACCACUACUGCCAUGUGUUCAGCACGGUGGACGUGAACCUGACCUAUGAAAUCAUCCUGACGCUGGGACAGGCAUUUGAGGUGGCCUAUCAGUUAGCUCUCCAGGCCCAGAGGACCAAACAACACCAGGGCAUCCCAGCAGGCCCCGGGGCAGAGGUCAUCGAGACCAAAUCUAGCCGGCCCGUUCCCAAACCACGGGGUGGCGUAAGAAAAUCAGGGGACUCUCCCCCCUGCUGGACAGUCGCUCCUGCUGUUACUGUCUCACCUGCACCACCCACCGUCCCUCCUUCCUCCCACUGCACCACUCUGCCAGCCCUGUUGCCCAGGUGGACCCGUUGGAGCUGGAAGUGGACUCCCAGUCCCAGAGCAGCACCACGUGGCUGGUGGACCCUGUCCCUAAAGACUCCAAGAGGACCAUCAGCACUAACUGACUACCAUGACCAGACACCCAGCCAGAGUGAGAGGUCAGGGGUGACCCAUACCCAUGGGGUUAUGUUGUGGGGCAGGAUGCAUUUUUGGAACCAUGAGAAAGGCCACUUUCCAUGCACCCUUCCUACCAGUACCACUGGAGAUAUGCUUGCAUACACCAGGAAGGCCCUACCUCCUCUCUGACACCCCUGGCCCUCUCCUCAUGCUCCACUCCUUCUCACCUCCACUGUGGUGUUCAGCUCCAGGGGUCAGCGCUGUAGCUCUGUAUCACACAGACAGGAAGUCAGCCCCCAAGCAGUAGGCCCAAACAACCAAUAUCCUCACUGCAUCCACUUACUUACACUGGAAAAUGGACUCAAUAUGUCAAAGCUUGGUCAGUUAUCCAGAGACUGAAAGGUGGGUGUUUGUUUGGUAGGCAUCUCUCCUUCAAUGUGAAGCACUCGACUUUAACAUCCCUCCUUUUCAUUUUUUUUUUUUUUUUUUUUUACAAAUGAAAACAUGUUUAUCCUUGACAGGCCAGUGAAUGCUGUUCAGACAGUGUAUUUUAUCUAUGGGGGUUUGAGAGUGUCAUGUUCCCAGAUGUUGUUUUUCCCUGACAUUUUGUGACUUGUGUAUCCGUUCCAUGAGAGUUGAAGAUGGAUGCUUCUCUUGAUCGAUCCCUCAGAGGGGCCUUUCCCAUACCCUUAUAUGUGUCUUCGCUGAGGGCUACGCUAAGCUACGGUUUACUCUGACAGGGAAUUUUAUUAAGGUACAGACAGUAGUAAUCAACAUAAAAAUAUAUUUUGGAGAAAAGAAGUAGAGAUCUACCUGGAUAUCUCAGUGGGAAAUGGGAGACAGAUUUAGAUAAAGGAAUGCAUUAAAGUUGUCCUCGGUAUGCUAUACUCACUAGGGUACGACUGGGUAGAAUAAUUACAAUGCGAGAUGCAGCAGUACACUCACAGGCUUUCUCAUGUCCAUCCAUUCAAGCACCGGGUCAGUUACAUCAAAGCAUCGCUUUAUCUUCCUUUUGUCAUUCAUAACAUACAGAAGUGUGAUAGUUAAUGUAAUAGUGUACAGGAGGAAUAAUCUGACAUGGAUGAAGUUUGGAGGGCUGUUCAACUGACACUACAGCAACUUUUAAAAACAGGGGGAGUGUCUUUUUGUAUGUUUAAACUGUUCAGUUACUGGAAACUAUAGGACCUGUUAGGAGGUACUGUGAUGCCAUUUUAUUCCCCCUGAUUCCAUUUGAUUCAUUUUAAACUAGUCAAUCCAGAAAACCAGUCCUGUAAGAUUGUAGGUACAAUAUGGUACACAGUGUUUUCUAGCCAUAUGGUAUCUCUCCUGGUACGUUGACUGUUUUGGGUACUCUGUGGUCAGCUGGAGUGUUGAGCCUCUGUGGGUACAUAGACUAGCUAUAUGGUACUCACUCUAUAUGAUACAGCUGUCUUUAGCUGGUUGAUGUGAGCACCUGCAGCCAUCAACCUGGUCCUGUCUCCGCGUUUGCACAUAAGGAUCAUGGGUAGUACAAUGGGACUAUUCUGAUGAUAUUGAUGAAGACUAUGAUAACAAUGAUAUUGGAUUGUAAAUUAAUCUCUAGCAGUCUGUAUUUUGAUACUUGAAUGAUUUUGUUUUUAUAGAUAUCUAUAUAUAUGUAUGUACGUAUGGAAUUGUUUUGCCACAUUUGUCGAAAAAGGACUGUCUUAUUAAGUUCUACAUAUCAUGAUACUGUUAGGUUCUAAUUUUUAGUAAAUAACUCACGGACACUAGAGAAGCUUAACCAAGUUUAAUUCUUCCCAAAGGGUUGAUACAGCUGUAAUUCAGACACCGACAUGGCUUCCCCAGUGGUAGUAUUCAUACCCCACUUCGGGUGGUCUCCUUAUCGCUAAACAUUGCAUCAUUCUUGCUAAGCAGGGAACUAAGUGAUAUGAGCCUUCAACGGUUUCUCCCCUUAUCAGUACUGCCACAUGAAAUCGUGUUCCCUGCACUCAGCCCCCCCCCCCCCCCAAGCUUCUUUAUGGCACUCCUCUUUAGUACCUAAUGUUCCUAUACUUCUGAGUAUAACAAUGUUCAAAGUUUCACCCUGAUUCCAACAAUACCCAACGAUCUGAAAACAGGCUGAGAGAAAGAACUCAGAGGGACAUCACUACAGAAACAAAGAAAAAAGAUUGUAAAUGACCUUGGGCUUCCAGUCCUUUUUUUAUGAUUAUUAUUUUUCAGAAUUGUACAACUAAUAAAUGAAGAAAUGAUGAACCAGA